AUGGAUAAUAUUGAUCAGUUUGUGGGUUCAGAAGGAUUAGAUGCCGAAGACGAAGACCCAUGGAUAACAUUGAUCUGUAUGAUGAAGUCUGGAGCCUUCAGAAUCUGGACGCGGAGGACUGGCGCUUGCAAGAGGCAUUAUGGAGCUGAAGAAGAAGACAUUGACCGUGCUGUGAAUGUUGGUUUGUGUAAUAUGACUCGAGGAGUAUAA